GUGAGAGUAGGCUGAGCACACGCGCCGUUCGCACGGUGGGUGGGUGGGUUGGUGGCCGCUUUCGUAUGGCUCCCAAAUGAAGACCAGCAGCAUCAGCACCGCCACCACCACCACCACCGCCGCGGCCGUGAUUGUCCUGGUGCUGUUGGGCAGCGCGUCCUGUUUGGAAGUUCAAGGUCUGCUGGCGCCACGCAACUUUCGCGUGACCUCUGUGGAUCUCAACUGCUUUGCCGAGUGGUCACUUGACCCCAACGCGACCCACGAUGUGACCUACAGACUGCAGUAUAAAAGCUACUGGAUUAAGGACAACGACCAGUGGAAGAACAUCUCUUGCCCAGACGCGCGUCGCAGCGAGUGCGAUUUCACAGCGAGCUGCCAUCCGUCGUCCAACCACACGCUCCGCGUGCGCGCUGAAGCGCCGGGUGCCGCGUCUGAGUGGGCAUACGCGUGUUGCUUCCAGCCGCUCUUGUCCACAAGGCUGACGGCGCCGUCCACCUCUGUCAUCGUGUCUGGACUGAAGUUUUACGUUAAAGUGGAAAAUCUGAAAGUGAGAAAUGGGAACGAUUUUCUCGAGAACGUUUACAGCAACCGGCAGUGGUUUCUGAAUUACACCGAAGAAGCGAACGGCCACGUGCAACAACACAUCCUGGUCACACAGAACCACCACAUAUUCACCGUGCCGCACGCGGGCAACUACUGCCUGCACUCUCAGUUCUACAUUCCGGACUUCAACCUCUAUGGAGACCAGAGCGCCGUGGCAUGCUACAUCACCCACGACAUACCACUGGACUUUCUGAACCUGCCUGUGGUUGUCACCAUCACCCUGCUGAGCAUUGUGAUCGUCGGCCCCUUGGUAGCCAUGGGCUGGUUCUAUCGGCAGAAGCUCAAGAGCCUCAUAUCUCCCAUAGAUCCUCCUCCACCCGCCAUCUUGCAGAGCCUGGAGAAAGAGUCAAAAGCACAACACGAGUGCAAUAAACGGUGGCUAUCGAAGAGCCCUGCCUGGGAGGGCAGCAGCUCUUACUGCAUCGUCGAAGACGAAGACGAUGCAUCCAAUGACGACAAUUGCAUGCAGCCACGUCCGUUGGGCAAUUCGGGCCUCCAGGCCGGUAGCGAGUGUCGCAAGUCGGUGCAGCCCGCACUCGACGGUUCAAACGGCAGCCCCCUUUCCAGCUACGAUGUUCAAGUCGAUCCCAGAUUGCAGAGGGCUACUUUCACACCUGUGCGCCGCUCCACGUCUGACCGCUCAGACUGUAAUCCAGCAGAAAGCCUCAUGGCAGAUGUCUGGCCGGAUAACGGCCAGAGUGCCGAUGUACCGUUUUACAUGCCGCAUCAAGUGCACAACUUGCCGUGCACAGAAGGUUUAAAACCGAUGGUCAGCACGGCCAGCUCGGGGUUAGACUUCCCAUAUUCGUGCGUUGAUCUGAGCACUGUCACCGGUGAUAUCAGGCAAAAUUCUAAAUCGGACGACGUUCUGUCCGUUGAUUUGGAGUCAAGAUUCGCCGGGGUUGAUUUAGCCCGGCGAAACUCGAAACCGGAUUGUUCAAUGUAUAGUUCACAGAUUGUUGUUUUAAUGGAGCCAGCCAGUCAACGUGGCACAGGAUACAGGAAAACGUGGAUUGUACCCAAGAUGUCGAUGAAUGGGGGUAAUUUAACAUAGCUGUAUUUCAGGGUUUUGUUAUUUGGAGGCCUUGGAAGUAUUAGCAGGGAAAGUGCUGCAUUAAUUAUACCCUCGUGAGAUGUUCGUUUUGUGUUCCACGUUUUAUUUGUUUUUAUAUGACAGAGUUGCAGGUCAGCUUUUGAAAAUUAUGAAAACAAUGUAGCAUUUGUCGUGAGAUACAUAUUGUAGCAGUGGGCAUACAUACAUUUUAAUUUAUCUUUGUACAGUUGAGAACACUUCUAUGAAUUAACAAAUAUUGCUGGGCAUUGCCCAGUAAAUGUCUUUCGCAUCGUAUGUAGCCAAUCGUCAUAAUCGGAGGUGCAGGAACAUUGGGUCAACAUCGCGGCCAAGGUUGGUCCAACAGUUAUAAACAGCAUGCCAACGUUGACUUAAAGCUUUCGUGACUGCAGGAAUUCAUAUUCUUUGGGUCUUUCGGUAAAGUCACGGAGAUAGGUUCCUGAUGAUGACCGCUUGUGUUGCGAUCGAAACGUCGUAGUUUUUUGUUAUUUUCUUUUAACCUAUCUACGUGACUUUACCAGAAGACCCAAAGAGUAUGCCAAUGUUGGCCCAACGUUAUUUAUGUUUAUUUGAAUUGAAUCUCAUCACGUGAUCAGGCCCCCGGCAUCAACGUAAUCGGUGGCCGCCUGGGCCACCAAACUCUAUCGCUUGCCAAGAAAGUGAUCCUCUCGUUUGGUUGUUCAGUGAGACAGAGAAUCCAUUUGGAAAUCUUGCAGAGCAGUGUGAUCCCCCCAUCCCACCCGCCACCCCCAGCAUAAACCAUCAUGCAAACUCCAGUCAUCCUCGCAGUGGCAGCUUUUGGCUAACCAUCACACACAAAGACGGUCACCGCAUUGCGCACUCUCAGAUGCACUUCUGUGGUCGUCUGGAACGCUCUUCCGAUAUUAGGAAGCCACUGGAGCUAUGCACUUUUAAAUAAUUUGGAUUCAAAACCCAUUUCAUGAGAACUGCUUUUUGUAUUUAGUUUGUUGUCUUUUCUCCUGCACCUCCGAUUAGCACGGUUGGCUACAUACGAUGCAAAAGAAGUUCUACAUACAUACACAUCCGUGCGUUGUCAGAGAACAGCUGCGCAAGAGAUUUUUCGCCGUACAUCUUGGAAGUGGCUGUGAACACCUUUGGGUUCACACUUUUACCGUACACUAAUAUUUUGUCGCGUGACCGUUACACGAAUGUUUUCAAUUCUCAGAGCUGGAGUUUAUCCGACUUAGGAGGUACAGAACAACAUUUUACAUGAUGGGUUCUUUCUUUGUGCAAUAAUAACUGGUGACCGGGCUGAGACCAUCAACUCACCACACUUGAGAACUCCGGGUAACUGAAGCUCAAGACUGAGUACUUUAUUAUAUCAGCGCUUAAGGCCCAUUGAACAAAACAGAUUAUGACCAAGGAUGAGCAGCCAACCGGGAUUGUAACCUAACCUCUCGACCCGGUCACCUCUUGUCAAUUAUCGUUCGUGACUCCUGCGUGUAUUACCUGUCAUCGUGUAUACGCAUGCUCGAUGAAUCAUUUGUAAAACUGGGUGAAGAGAAAUGCGUAUACAAAAUGUUGUUCCAAUUUUUCUCGUUGCCGUCACAGCUUGGCGUCCUGGGUCGCCUUCCCCCAAGUCCGCACCUGCGGGUUACAUUGUAAAAGAAUAUUGCUCCACGCAUGUGCGGCGACGUUUUUUGCGGGUUAAACGGCGAACGCAGCGUCACAGUAAAUGACCCCACUUACCUUUUUUUUUACCAUUACUGUAUUCCGAAACGAUCUUUAUGAUCGUCCGACAAUUCGUAUCUGCGGGUGGCCAGAUCUUUUUUGGGAUCUUUGAGAUUACAGUGUUUUCCGAAAGUCGAAAGGACAUCAGCUCUAAAUUUCGAUGUAAAGCUUUCGUGACUGCAGGUAUUCAUCUUCUUGGUUCUUUCGGUAAAGUCA